AUGUCCACCCCCGCCCCCCUCUUCUCCCGCCCCGACAGCUCCAUAUGCGACCACCUGUCUGCCCUCCUCAAAUCCCCUGCUGGCCCCAACUCCCUCGACACAAACGGCGCCGUCCCUGGUCCCUCUUCUGGAAAUCGCAGGAGCGAAGUGGAGGGCAAAUUCGUCAGAGCUGUCAACUGGGGUGCUGUGGCCCAAGGCGCCAAGCGGCGGAAAACCGCAGCGCCGGAAUGCGGGUCGUGUCGGUCAUCUAUGACGAGACCCUGGGCGUGCUUGACUUGCAGCUAUGUCGGCUGUCUUCAGAUGACUGGCCGCCAUGGCAAAGCAAAAGACUGCAUGAAAUCGCAUCUCAAAGGUAGCAGUGGACGUUGCUGCUUUGCGGUGGAUCCUCCUACAGGUUCCAUCUUUUGCUUUGCUUGUAACGACACCAUCUACCCGGACAGCUUUGACUCGCUGUUCCUCACGGCCCGUGUUCGCGUCGAGGAGGGGCACGAUAGGUCAAGCGAGCCCGGAAUAUCGGGCGGGAAGGGACGGAGCAGAGGGCCCUGGAAGCCGUGGAAUUCGAGCAACAUGGUGGGGGUAGAUGAGAAGGGAAUCUCCAAGACGAGCUGUAGAGGUCUCCGUCCUCUCCUGAAUCUAUCCCAAACUUGCUUCCUCUCUGCGGUCCUACAGGCUCUCAUCCACAACCCACUCUUGAAAGCAUACUUUUUGUCUGACAAGCAUAACCGACAUGUCUGCGGCAACGGCAAGAAGGGGUGUAUGUGUUGUGAAAUGGACAAGGCUUUUGAAGAGUUUUACAAGGAGGACAAAUCGCCAUUUGGACCUAUUACCAUGCUGUACUCCAUGUGGCAUGCUAGUACAGAGCUCGAGGGGCACGGUCAGCAAGACGCCCACUCGUUCUUCCUCGCCGCCCUCGACCAGAUGCAUGCACACGCAAAGGGUCAACUCUCCAGCUGCAACUGCAUCGCCCACCAAACAUUCGCUGGAUCCUUGCAAUCCUCAGUGACAUGUUCCAAGUGUUCCAAAACAUCUACCACCGUCGACCCCAUCCUCGACAUCCAGCUCGACUUCCCGCCUACUCUUUCCCCUUCCCCAUCUUCGUCCUCCCUCUCUUCUUCUUCCGAUGCUGCCGCUUUCGGUCCUUCGGCGAAUGGAAAGGAAAAUCAAUUGACGCUGGCGGGAAUGCUGAGAAAGUACUGUGCCCCAGAGAGGAUCGGCGAUGCUGGUGAGACUGGCGGGAAGGGAUACGAUUGUGGGAGCUGUGGGGGAGGGAGAGGAGUAUUCGCAAUGAGGCGACUGGGCGUAAAGAAGCUUGCUCCUGUGCUGGCUUUCCAGUUCAAGCGAUUCGCCCACUCCACAUCCUCCACCGCCAAGAUCGAGUCUCACGUCCGCUUCCCCUCCACCCUGGACAUGCGCUCAUACGUCGACCACUCUUCCGAUGACGGACUCCCAGACUCUCUCUACUUGUACGACCUUUUCGCCGUGGUGACCCACGAAGGAAAGCUGGACAAUGGACAUUAUUGGGCGGAUGUGAGGGAUGGAGAUGAGUGGUGGCAUUGUGAUGAUGAUAAAGUGACUCCAACGACGCUGAGUAUGGUGCUUCAGCAGAGGGCGUAUAUGCUCUUUUACGUCAAGCGUUCUCUUGCGUAUGCCCAGCCUAUGUCGAGGCUGCUUAUCCCUGGGGGCAUCAGCACCGGUUCAAACGGUGCCUAG